AUGAAGACAUCCACCUGUAUUCUAGCUUCAAUUAUUGCCUUGCUUUUUUUGUUUGGUGCAAAAUCAGUAAAUGCUCAAGAAGUUGAGGAUGAGAGAGAAUUUGAUUACGCAAAGGAGAGCGAAAAGGGUCCGAGAAAAUGGGGGGAGUUGAAGAAAGAAUGGGCAGCAUGCAAGGAUGGAAAAUUGCAGUCUCCCAUUGAUAUGUCGAAUGAAAGAGUUGGAGUUAUCUCAAAACCAGAAAAGAGGAAUUAUAAGCCUGUCAAUGCCACGGUCAGGAAUAGAGGUCAUGAUAUUUCGCUUCAUUGGAACGGUGAUGCAGGAUCAAUAUUGAUCAACAAGACGGAGUACCCACUUCGACAAGCUCAUUGGCACUCUCCUUCUGAGCACACUAUUAAUGGUAGAAGGUAUUAG